AUGAAGGAUCUUGUUCUGGAGACGUAUAGUGGAAAGACUGACCCGAAGGAUCAUCUGCUUUAUUUCAACACAAAAAUGGUGAUAAGUGCAGCUUCUGAUGAGGUGAAGUGCAGGAUGUUCCCGUCAACAUUCAAAGGCACGACGAUGGCUUGGUUCACGACUUUGCCUCGGGGAUCUAUUGCGAAAUUCCGCGAUUUCUCGUCAAAAUUCCUCGUUCAGCUCUCCGCAAGCAAGAUCAAGCAGGUCACAAUUGAUGAUCUGUAUAAUGUUCGCCAGUUAGAACGAGAAACUUUGAAGCAAUUGAAGCAGUACAGUGCCACAUAUGUCAAGAUCGAGGAGUUGGAGCCGCAAGCCUGUGCGCACGCCUUCAAGAAUGGAAUGCUACCGGGGAAGCUGAACAGCAAGCUAAAUCGAAAGCCAGCUCGUUCGAUGGUGGAAGUCCGCGCUCGGGCAAAUACCUACAUCCUGGAUGAGGAGGACGACACGUUCAAAAGGAGGCGUGCAAAAGUAGAAAAAGAUGGCGGACAAAGGGACAUGUCGCCGGCAGGAAGGCAAGGCCGGGAGAAGGGAGAAAGCAGUAAGCGAAGGGAUAAGAAAGUCAAGCCACCGGAGAUGUUUGCGAAGGAGCAACUCUAUCCGAAGAAAGAAAACUUUGAGCGUUGCCGCCCAUGGCAACAAACUGACCCUCGCCGGCACGAGAGGCCAGGCGAAGACAUGAACACGGAAUUAAUAAAACUACUCCGGGAAGUAAAGGCAAUGCAUGCAGUCGAAGAGAGCGAGAAGGAAGUUAAUCUGCCACGGGAGGCGGUAGACAGAAAUAAGUGGUGCGAGUAUCAUCGCUCGGCGGGCCACGACACCAGUGACUGUUUUACGUUAAAAGGCGAGAUCGAGAGGCUGAUCAGGGCGGGACGCUCGCAAAUGACUGACCGCGGGCAUGGGGGUUUCGGCGGAGGCGGCGACACGCCGUCAGCGAGACGCAGGCAUGUGAGGGCGGUGAGUUCAAUGCGAGAGUUUUCAACUCCAUUUGGUUUUCAGCACCCGGAUAUAGUGAUAUCGUCGGCAGACUUUGAAGGGAUUAAGACACACAAGGACGAUCCCGUGGUGAUGAUGGUGAGGAUCAACAGUUUCAAUGUGCGAAGAGUGCUCUUAGAUCAGGGUAGUUAUGCGGAUAUCAUCUAUGGCGACGCGUUUGACCAGUUGGGGUUAAUAGAUAAAGACCUGAUGCCAUACUCCGGAACUUUGGUAGGCUUUUCAGGGGAACAGGUCUGGGUGCGUGACUACUUGGAUUUGGACACAGUCUUUGGUGUGGACGAGAACGCAAAGCUCUUGCGCGUAAGAUAUCUGGUUUUGCGGGUAAUGGCGUCGUACAAUGUCAUCAUUGGUCGGAACACGUUGAAUUGCCUCUGCGUAGUGAUAUCAACGGCUCACCUGGCGGUAAAGUACCCACUGACCUGCGGAAAAGUAGGAAAGAUUGCGGUAGAUCAACGGCGGGCGAGGGAAUGCUACAAUAACUGCUUGAGCUUGUAUGGGAAGAAGGGAGCUGGCGCUGGGCAUAGAUGUCACGAGAUCGAGGUCUUGGAAGGCGGUCAAGGUCAGCAGGGCUUACAGGGCCAGGGUCAAGGCGGCGUGAGAAGACAGGAACGGUGGAUUAAUGAAAGGUAUGGGGGGCCAAGAAGGAACCGAAGUCAGUAA